AUGACGUGCAAAAGAAACGGGAAAUAUAGAUCUCAUCUCCGAAAUGAGAUGACACUGGUUCAAGAAAAUAAAAAUAUACUUGUAACUUUGAAACGUAAAAGACCAAAAAAUAUCUCAAAUAUCAAACAAGUGUACAAUAUUCAGUAUCAAACUAACAAGGCGCUGCAGGAGAAUAGAACUGAAAUGCAACAACUCUUGAAACUGUUGGAUGAUAACAAUUAUGUGUCUAGGUACCAAACGUGUAAGGAUGGAGUUACCAUUAGAUAUAUAUUUUGGACUCAUCUUGAUUCCAUCAAGCUUUUCAUCAUGUUUCCUACUGUGCUCAUACUUGAUUCAACGUACAAGACCAAUAAGUAUAGACUUUCAUUAUUGGAAAUGGUUGAUGUCAUAUCUAUUGAGAAGGCCUAUUAUGUCGGGCUUACAUUGCUAGAGAGCGAAAAAAAGGAGAGUGUUACUUGGGCCUUAGAGGUGUGUCGGGCAAUGUUAAAGGAACAAGAAAAGAUGCAUAAAGUGAUUGUUAUCAACCGCGAUACCGCCUUGAUAAAUUCGGUUGCAAAGAUAUUUCCUACUUUUUAUGCAUUACUUUGUAGGUAUCACAUAACAAAUAAUGUGAAAAGUCGAGUUAAACCUGCGAUGAAGGAGAAAAUUGUUUGUACUUGGACUGAUCAGAUUAGACACCUUAGAAAUACAACAACUAAUCGAUUUGAGUAUGCUCAUGCUAAAUUGAAGAAUCAAUUGGAAAAUAGUAAGCACGAUUUGUGUAGAGAUUGUGACUCCGUGAACCAAAUGAUUCAAAACCAGCAUAAUGAGAUACAAAUAUUAUUUGGUCGGAGCAUCACAAUUUUUGAACAGAGAUUUAAAGACAACAAUCUUUAUUCUCAGUUGGUCGGCAACAUAUCUCGAGCGAGUUUGAAUUAUAUUUUUCACGAGGCUAAACUAGUUGCUAAUGUAGGCUUAGAUAGCGCAAAGUGUGGAUGCACAAUUGUGAAAAUAUAUGGUCUUCAAUGUGCUUGUGUUAUUGCAAAAAAGAAGAAACUUUGUAGUCCAAUAAGAAUGGAUGAGGUUUUCACUCACUUGAAGAGACUUAGGUUUGAUGAUAAUUGUGUGAUGAAAGACGGUAAAUCGAAUAUCUCUUUGACCGAAUGA